AUGGAAAGAAGAAUCUAUGAAGCAGCGAUAGAGGGGAAUAUAAUUUCGUUGCUUAACUUGCUUCAAGAGGAUGCUCUAAUUCUUGAUAGAAUUACUGUGAGCUGUUACGGAGAGACACCUUUGCACCUAGCUUCCAUGCUUGGUCAUGCAGAAUUUGUGCAGGAAAUUCUUGGUCGAAAGCCUGAGCUAGCCGGAGUGUUUGAUUCCCGUAAAUCAUCACCAAUUCACUUAGCAACUUCAAAAGGGUACUUAGAUAUAGUUAAAAUAUUGGUAUCAGUUAAUCCUGAAAUGUGCUUUGUUCGUGAUCGUGACGGAAAAAACCCAAUACAUAUUGCAGCCAUCAAGGGUCGUGUUAGUGUCAUAAAAGAGUUGGUUAAAGGGAGACCUAAUGCGGCUCGAAUGUUGACGGAACGAGGUGAAACAAUUUUACAAGCCUUCGUGAGGUUUGACCAGCUGGAGGCAAUGGAGUUCUUGGUGGAAGCAAUAAACGAUCAUGAGUUUAUGAAUUCUGAGGAUGAUGAUGGAAACACUAUUGCAUCUAGCGGUGGCAGAAAAACAAGUUGA